CGUACAGACUGUCAGUAACAGGACAUUACAGGUGAAUGAUAUUUGAAUCUGUGGUCUACUUCAAGUCUUGUCCUCUGCUAGCUCAGCCAGUUUACCAAACAACAAAGUCACAACAUAAAAUUCUUUUCCUGUGCCUGUGGCUGCAAAAUAGCUUUGCCUUGCUAUUGGGUGUUCUGUGUUCGCUCGACAUCCUGUGGUCCCAUGCAGCGAUCGAUGUUCGGCUGAAAACGCUGCUCUGAUACAAGAUUCUAGUCUGCGCACAGCCUCCUUUCUGUUCAGAGGAGCCGGUUAUCCAUCAUUCAAACGCGUCGGAUAGCGAAGUAUUAUUCUUAGUUGCCUAGACGCAUGGCGACGCAGGUUUCUUUUCGCGACCAGCAGCACCCCUCGUCCGCCAAUGCCUCCGCGCUGGUGAAGCGAGCGCACGAGCAGCUGAAGCGAGGCGAUUACACGGCUGCAAAGUCCCUGCUGGCUGAAGUGGUAGAGGAUGCGGACCGGCAUGAGGAGCGCAUUGCCAUGAGACGGCAGUGCGCGCACAGUGCGGGCAUGUGUCUGCUUCGGCUGGGAAGGGCGAGGGACUCGCUCGUCCAUUUACAACAGGCUGCCGUUCCAUCCGUGUUUGCGAAUAGCAGUAUAAGUGCGGAUCACGCUAAGGACGGCAGCAGCAGCACGGCCGACGCGGAAAUGCAGCGCCUGGCCGAGAUUGAGCACGCUCGCUCCCUGCACACACUCGCCAUAGCGCACGCCACGCUCGGCGAGCACGACCUUGCCAUACCGCACUUCAAGAAGUCGCUGGCCCUCUUCAAGAAGCACCAGCUGGCCGAGCUGGAGGCGCGCGGCCUCCUUCGCCUAGCCUCGUCCUACCGCGUCACGCCGGGCAAGCUGGACCUGGCGCUGAAGUGUCUCGAGCGCUCCAGCGCUCUGUUCGCGCGCAUCGACAAGUCGCAGUGGCUCGCGUACGUGCACGCCCUCCGAGCGGCCGUUUUCCUGGAGCGCGGCGAUCACGAGGAGGCCGUGACCCAGCUGGAGGUUGCCUUGGUGACAGUGCAAGGGGCGGACGACGUGCAUCUCAAGUGCCGUGUGUUCACUUCGGCAGGCGCAUCCUAUGCCGUGCUAGGUCGACACGUUGUGGCAAUUGAGUGCUUCAAGCAGUCGUUGGCCGUAUCUCGGCAAGGACUGAGCAACGCGCAGUACGAGGCCACACUGCUGGCUAACACGGCAACUCUGCUCACGGUGGACGGCCGCUACCAGGAGUCGAUCGCCUACUACCAGAAAGCAAUAGCUGCGCUCGAGCAACUUCAUAACAAGACGUCGCUGGCUCCUGUCCUGGCUAACUAUGCCCAGGCCCUGUUCAUGACCAAUCAGCUGGAUGCCGUCAAAUCAACCGUGCAGCUCUCCGUCGGCCUGGCUCGCCACGACAACGACAUUGCCACGGCAGCGCAGUGCGCCGAAACCCUUGCCGCCGUGCACAAUCGUCAGGACAACGCGACCGAGGAGCGCCGCUGCCUCCGCGCCGCUCUCAAGUCGCUCUCGCGCCUCAACUGGGACGUUUCCGAUGACGUCGACCGUGUGGUUGCCAAGCUACGGGCGCUGCAGGCCAGCGAAGAUGGCGACGCCUCAGCUGGGGCGACAAUCAAUCUCGGCGUUUCGCAAAUGAGCAACCUGAGCACGGACUUGCGCUACCUGGCCGGGAGCAGUACGCUGAACGAAACGCAUUCAGUUGCCACCAAGGUUGUGAUAUCGCCAGUUGUCAAGUCCCUCGGAUCGUUGUCAAGUGAUUCGUCGCUCUCCCUAAGUGACGACGAUGACAUGUUUCGUGUUUCGGAUCUUUCUGACUCCGACGUCGGUUACGGCACGGUCGAAGGAGUGCGCCGCGCGAACAAGCGCGACAAGACAAGCUCGAGCGGACCAGCCGCUGUCGUUGACCGAGAAGCGCGGGUCUUCCGACACCUGCACGAUCCGAACGUCCCCGAGCUGACCGAAUCCCGCUCGUCACUGCCCGGGACACGGCAGCAUCAGUCCCAACAGUCGGAAGUAACAGCUUCAGCAUCGCCUAUGACUGCCAGGACUACCAAGACUGCGGCAGUCAGUAGUAACCCAAACGCGGGCGCUAACAAGCCAGGGCCCCUCGAUUUGACGUCAGUCAGCAACAGUCGGCCAGAGGAUGCUGCGGCAAAGGCAGCAACAGCAGCACCACCCAAACCCAGCCGAACGGCAGCACCACCCAAACCCAGCCGAACGGCAAGGAAGAAGACGGCCAGUGGUGAUGGCGAGCGUGCGGCACAGUUUUCUCACCGGCGAGUGCCGUCAGCGCUGGUCAACUCGCGCCUCGUGGCCAACACGCAGACGUCCACUGACGUCAACCAGACGCUGAAUGGCCUCGGCGUGAUGCCAACCGGAGGGCUGAGGUUAGAACCCGGCGUGGUACCCGACUCGCCCUUGCAGAGCCCCGGCGGCCUGAGGAAACGCUACCGGCGCAACACGUCGGACUCCAGCGGCUCUGGUGUCUGCAUCAUAUUGUGAUGGUGCCUGCCACCUCUUCCUUCACCAACACAGAAGCAACUACAGUUCUGGCUGGAGAAAUUCUACUCUCAUGAAUACACCGGUAGUACACGUAGCAUGGCGUUUGAGUACACAGAAUAGUGUGUACUGCUAGGGCUGCGGAUCACAUGGGCCCUAUUUUAGUCAUGAUGCUGGAGUUCUCUGGUUAGUACCAUAAGCAUUAUAGAGUUUGGCUAGCAAAGUCACAACGUACAAGUAGCCGAAACUUCUCCCAUGCUAUGCGAAAAAGCUCUGCGCUCCUAGCAUUAAACACUCUCCCGGCCCCUUCCAGAACUGUGUGUAGCUAGAACAUAUUACGAGUGUAUACCAGUGGCUCAUCUCAUGAACACAACGUGGACGACUCUGUACAUGGCAACGCAACAAAGCGACUCGUAUAGUAUUAGUGGUGUUGCUGCCACGACUGCACAUGUUUGACCUAGCACAUGCUUGUCUUAUCCCAGUAAUGUUUAUGUCUAUUGUAAGCAUGCGUGAACUGUCUUUCCCGUCAUAUCCUCAUAAUCCAUUCCUUGAGCUCUCGAGACAUCGGGUUUUUAUUUCAUUCUGGAUCUUCAUUUCCUAAGGUGCUUGACCUUCAUAUGGAUAAGAUCAUAAUUUCUCCACAGUUCUUCCUCUGGCCACGAAGUGAUCAAAUUCCGUGCCAAAAAGGCCGAGCAUCCUUCCACAGAAGGCAGAGCGAGGUUUCUUUGCAACUUGAGUUUCGCUUUGCCGCGAUGACUCA